AUGACAACCUGGGCUACUAAUGGAGCGUUGUCGUUACCGAGGAUCGCCAACUUCAGUUUAGGCAGAGUUGGCAGUUUCAAAAAUAACAAACUGAAUGUACUGAACAGUUUUUAUCUGAAUGGCAAACGGCGCAGUUUCCAACCCUCAACGCUUGAGUCACGCUACGAAACAGCUGAUGCGGUCGAAUCGCCGCACCUCGUCACGCCUCGGCGCAGCAACGGCGCCCGACGCUACUACAUAGACGAAGCCAGCAAAGAAGCGACUGGUGGCGACCAAGUUGGAGGAACCAAGAACGUCAAGACGAACGAACAGGCCAGGGCGUUCAACAGAUACUCAUUCGCCCGGGUAUUGCGUACACUUCAGCUGCCGGACACCGUAUCUGAGUUGGCCGUUCGGAAGCCGCUUGACCAGUGCAACUGUCACCGGAUUGUCGAACAGAGGCCUAUGAUCGAUCCUGCAGCAUUCAGUGUCCGGCUAAACUCGAAAGCUGAAACCAGAAGGUACUCACUGGCGCGGCGAAUUAUGUAA